AUUGACUUUCAGUUCCCCGUCCACUUAUCUUCCUCCACCAAAACCCAAAAUCGAUCCCUUUCACUCUUUCACUUCACCAUGCAAUCUUCUUCCUUCACCUACAACAUCUCCUCCAGUGGGAGUACCUGUUUGGAGCCUGAUGGUCAAGAAGUAGAUGAAGAUUCCAUAAUUUUGUCCCUUGGCCCUCCGGGUCAACACGUUUCCAAACAUCCCGAAUUGCCUCCCUCCUCAAACCUCCACCCCAACUGUAAAAACCCUAAUGAAGACAGUGGUGUUACCGUGGCUCUUCAUAUUGGUCCACCAACAAACUAUGAAGCCAGCCCCAGUAAUAACCCUAGUAGUCUGGUUGACGGGCAGUACUGGAUUCCUUCGCCCUCUCAGAUCCUUGUUGGCCCGACCCAGUUUUCUUGCCCUGUCUGCAGCAAAACAUUCAAUAGAUACAACAAUAUGCAGAUGCAUAUGUGGGGGCAUGGAUCACAAUAUAGGAAAGGUCCGGAAGCCCUAAGAGGGACAAAACCAGCUUUCUCAAUGUUGAAUCUUCCAUGUUACUGCUGUGCUGAAGGUUGCAAGAACAACAUACACCAUCCAAGGUCAAGGCCACUGAAGGAUUUCAGGACGUUGCAGACUCAUUACAAGAGAAAGCACGGGGCAAAGCCAUUCGGAUGUCGGAAAUGCGGUAAGCCCUUUGCCGUCAGAGGGGACUGGAGGACUCACGAGAAGAACUGCGGAAAACUCUGGUUUUGCAUUUGUGGGUCUGAUUUCAAGCACAAGAGAUCCCUAAAGGAUCACGUUCGUGCAUUUGGAGACGGACACGCCCCACACCCCGUGGAGUUUUGUGAGGUUGAAGAUGAAGAAGACGAUGAGAAUGACGACGAACAUGAAGAUGAAAGUCAUCAAAUCACUCUUUAGUUCUAAAAUUCUAAGGGGGAGUUCUAAGUUUUGUUUGUGAUUAGUAUAAUAUUCACUCCAUUAAGCUAGUGAUCGAUGUCUCUGCUCCCUUUUUAGAAAACGAGUGUGAUUAUCUCAAUCAAUCCUGCACGAGUAA